AUGGUCUUCCACCCAGUCCUGUCCUUUAGAAGAACCACCAACUUAUUUGUAUAUUUGAAUGAACUUAAUGUGCUGCGAGGCCCACCUGCUUACCCUAGCCGACUCAAAGAAAGAUCUGUCCUUGAACAGCCAACACCAAGAGAUGCUGAAGAGGUGAUUCAGCAGCCUGCAGAGCAGUCGCACAUUAGAACAGGGCUGGAAUACUGUAAAAAGAAGGGGGCAUUUUCAGUAAUGAAGUGGGCUCAGUUUUCAAACUGUAGGUGUGUGAUGCUUAAAACAGCUGUACCUUUAACAAGUUCCCUGAUGCAACUGAUUGACUACCAUGUUCAGAUUUUAUUUCUUUUAAAAAGGAAGGAAACAGGAAGAGUGGGUAGUUUUGGGAAGGGGGCUGGCAUUCUGGCUGUCCACAAACACAGGAGUGCUGAAGAAGAACCUGAAGAUGAAAUCCAAUCUCUGCUGCGUGAAGCUCUCAACUUACAACUUGGAGAAACAGAUGAAGAACAUGAACAUGAAGGAACACAAUUUCAGCAGGAGGAGAAUAUUGAAACACCAGAAGAUACUGUUGAAGUUCCUGUGGUAGAGGAGAACUAUGAUAGGGAAUUGGAAGAUAAAAUGCCAGACAUAUUAGCAACCCUAGAAUCCUUCCAGGAAGAACUUACCAGUGACCAUGAAGUACGAGAGCCAGAGCUAGAUGAACCUCAUGGUACACAUGAAUAUGACACAAAUGUAGAAGAAAAUACAUAUGAAGCGGUAGAACCAGAUGCUAGUGAACUAACUCUAGAAGACGCUCUCGUGGAUGAAACAGAAGCAUUUUCAGAACAUGAAGAACAGCAAGAUUAUGUGGAUGAACAUGAAAUGGAAAAUGAAGACUAUGUUGAAACUCAGGAUACAGAUGGAGAACCUGUCACUGAACAUUAUUAUGAAGUCUUAGAAGAGGAAACCUUGCAAGCAGAACCAGUUGAGAGUGCUGAGCAAAGAAAUGAACAUGAAGUAGAUGCUCCAGAGACUAUUAGUGAACAUACUGAGUCAGAUGAGGGAGAACAUGGAAAAAAUCACAUGGACGGUCAACCCCGUGAGACAGAAGUUCCUUUUCACACUGAGGUUCAUUCAAAGGAUGAUCUAGUGGAUACUUAAAGCUUCAAAAAGACUGUCCCUACAGCAAGAGGACCAGCCUAAACCAUACUCCACAAAAGGGGAGCAGAUGCUUGUUAGAUACCUUUUACGAUGUAAUUAACCAAGCAGAUCAGAAACCUGGGGAACAAACACUAAAGGCAUUUUCACAAGUGAUGCAAACAAAGCUUUUUGUCUGGAAUGCAUCUCUUGUGAAUGUUGUUAGUAUGGUAUACAAAGCAAUAUAAAACCAUUUUUGAAUUGAAUGGAUAUUCUGGUCAAUGUAGAUUUUACCUCCUUUCCAUAGAUACAGUAAAUUUUUAAAAGUCAUUUGUGAAACAGCCUAAGAACCGAGAAUGUGUAGCACUCGUGACAUAUUAGUAUACCUUUAGCAUCCAUUUAGAAUCCUAAUAUACAUUCUUAUUUUUGUCAUAUUUAGUAUGCAAGAUGAUUUUAUUUUUCCCUAGAU